UGGAAGCCGCGGUGAAGCGAUUAUUUUGACUGUGAAAUCGGAUUUUCGCCAUUCGAGGAAGAUGAAUAUGUUUGUGUGGUGAAGCAUGCAGCGGCUCGCGUACGAUGUGGUGGUGGUGGGCGGUGGAAUCAUCGGCACAGCCACCGCCAGAGAACUGUUGCUGAGGAAUCCCGGUCUGAAACUCGCGCUCGUCGAAAAGGAAAAAGCCAUAGCUCAGCACCAGAGUGGGCACAACAGUGGGGUGGUGCACUCUGGCCUCUACUACACCCCAGGCUCCCUGAAGGCCAAACUCUGCGUGGAGGGCCUAGACCUAGCCUACCAGUACUGCACCAAGAAAAACAUCCCUUACAAGAAGUGCGGGAAGCUGGUGGUUGCGGUCGAACCGGAAGAGAUCGGCCGGUUGGGGGCCCUCUAUCGGAGGGCCCUGGAGAACGGGGUCAAGGACAUCCGGUUGCUGGGUCCCGAGGACAUCCGCAAGAUGGAGCCCCACAUCCAGGGAUUAAAAGCCAUCUGGUCCCCUUCCACGGGCAUAGUGGACUGGAAGCAGGUCACCCGUUGCUAUGCCGACGACUGCCGGACCUCGGGGGCCGACCUCUACCUGGACUUUGAGGUCAAGCACUUCGUGGCCAGGGGGGAGUCCGGAUGCCUCGUCUGCGGGAAAUCCACGAGCAUCCCUUGCAAGUGGGUGGUGACUUGCGGGGGGCUGCAGUCUGACCUCCUGUCGGGACUGACAGGAUGCCCCCCAGCCCCCCAGAUCGUUCCUUUCCGGGGGGAAUACCUGGUCCUGAAACCGGAAAAAGCCAAGAUGAUCUCCACCAACAUUUACCCGGUCCCCCACCCGGGGCUCCCCUUCCUGGGGGUGCACUUCACCCCCCGCAUGGAUGGAUCUGUGUGGCUGGGCCCCAACGCAGUGCUGGCCUUCAAGAGGGAGGGCUACCGAUUCUCCGACCUCAACCCCAGAGACCUCUCGCGCCUCAUCACCUCACAGGGUUUGAGGAAGCUGGCCGGCAAGCAUCUGCUCUUCGGCCUGAACGAAAUGUACAAGAGCUUCAACAUCGGAGCCCAAGUUGCAGUCCUGAAGAAAUAUUUCCCCCCACUGACUACCUCUGACGUCGUCAGGGGGCCCUCGGGAGUGAGGGCCCAGGCCAUCGCCGAAGACGGAGAACUGGUGGACGACUUUGUGUUCGAUGAAGGUCGCGAGGAGUUCCGUGGGAGGGUCCUGCAUGUGAGGAAUGCCCCCUCCCCUGCUGCCACCUCCUCCCUCGCUAUCGCCAAGGUGGUUGCAGACAAGGCAGAAGAACUUUUCAGGCUACACAGUCCUUCCUGACACAGUGAGGUUUUAGAACUUUAAAAAGAAUUGCGGCGUUGAUUUGUUCCAUCGAGAUGUUAUUUCAUUAAAAUCGACUAAUAGUCCAU